AUGUCCUUAGAUUUUCAGGCCACAAAUCAACUCAUGGCCGCAUUUACAUCCAUGCAUACAACCUCCAUGAAUGCCUGUCAUGCAUUGUUCCAGCUAGCUGCAGCACCAGAACACGUGGCUCCUUUGAGGGAAGAGAUUGAGAUGGUUUUAGCAGAAGAAGGAAGUAUCACUUCGAAGGCUGCCAUGCUGAAACUCCGCAAGUUGGACUCGUUCCUUAGAGAGUCUCAACGAUUAAACCCAUCGUCAUUCGUUGGCAUGGAACGAAAAGUGUUAGUUACUACAAAGCUAUCUGAUGGCACGGUUCUACCAGCAGGAUCUAUAUUUGGGUUCAAUUCUUUCCAGAUAAAUUAUGAUACUCAACUGUGGGAGAACCCUGAGAAAUUUGAUGGGUUCAGAUUUGAAAGGCUACGGGCUGUUGAAGGAAAUGACCACAAGUACCAAGCCACUUCCAUUGGACUUGAGAGUCUAUCAUUCGGCCUGGGAACACAUGCUUGUCCUGGUAGAUUCUUUGCUAUCAACGAAACCAAAAUUCUCCUUGCUCAUUUGAUAAUGAAUUACGACUGGGCUUUCCCAGACGGACAAGGACGACCGAAAAACUUUACUCUUAUUUCUGCUCUUAUUAUCAACCCAGAGUCUGAAGUAUUAUGCAGGCGAAGACAGUAA